AUGAAUAAGCGCUACAGAAUCGAAAAGAAAAAAAUUCUGAUUCGUAACCACACCUUAUCUAACUCCACCACUAAAAGAAUGUUUCAAUCGUUACGACUUAUAAAGCCUAGUCUAGGUCGUAAUUAUUUGUUCAGCAACAGCAGUCUUUUAUCAUUAACAUUCAAAAAUAUACGACAAACCAAAAAUGUUUCGUUCAACAGCAAUGUUCAAAUCUUACAAUCAUCGAUGAACCCAUGGCAAAGAAAUUUCCUUAAACAAUUUAUGAAUCAACAAGUGAAACAGUCGCCACUAAGUAGAAGUCCAACUUGGAAGAGCUAUAACCUGUAUUACAACAGAUCUAAUUGGGAAAAGUUGAAGAAGCCUUUGUUAUUCACUGUGGCAUUUUUUGUGGGAACAACGAUUUUAACUCCGUAUUUAUACGAUCAUACACCUUUGUCGGUGCUUAAACAAUACCCACAGGCUUUGGUAUGGGGAAUUAUUGCCAUAAAUGGUGCUGUGUUUUUAAUGUGGAGAGUGCCCCAAUUGCAACGUUUCACAAUGCAAUAUGCCAUUUUGUUCAAAGAUAAUAUCCAAUCUCCUUGGACAUUGUUGUGGUCGGCAUUCUCUCAUCAAAGUUUUGCCCAUUUCUUCAUUAAUAUGCUUUGUUUCCAAUCAUUUGCCGUGUCCUUGGUGGGUAUACUUGGUGUGUCGAACUUCACCAUCAUGUAUUUAAAUGCUGCUGUUCUUUCAUCAUUUGCAUCCCUUGCAAUCCCAAUGUUUUUGGGUAGUUCAUUGGCAGUUGCAUCACUUGGUGCAUCAGGUGCAAUUUUUGGAGUGUUUGGUUGUUUUUCAUAUUUGUUUCCAGCCUCACCUGUGGGUAUAUUUUUUAUCCCUGUUCCUGGUGGAGCUUGGGUGUUGUUUUUAGGUACUAUGCUUUGGAAUGCCGCUGGAUGUGUUUUGCGAUGGGGAACCUUUGACUAUGCUGCACAUUUAGGAGGUAGUUUGGUUGGAAUUGCCUAUGGUUACUACUUUAACAAAAAGAGAAGAGAACAGAUUAGAAGAAGAAGAUUGAUAUUAGAUUUUUAG